AUGAUUGGCUGCGGUUUUAGCAUGGGAGGGAUGGUGCUGUGGAAUUACCUAGCAACUUGUACAGCGGAAUCUGCUGUCCUGUCUGGUGCACUGAUUGUUUCUGCUCCUUUUGAUCCGUUAUCUACAACAACUUCUUUGGAGCGUUUCUUUGCAAAACACGUAUAUAAUCGGCACCUGACGAAGAAACUCGUAUCAUUUGCAGAGAGAUAUAGAGAACACUUUGAAAAUCAUGAAAUGAUGGACUUCGAUAACGUUCUGAAAUCAGUGACCAUACGGGAGUUUGACACUCGCUUUACUGCACCACUUUUUGGAUAUGAGUCAGUGGAUCACUACUACGAUCAUGCGGCACCGAACAAGAAGGUGGGUUAG